AAUCAGAUCGCCAAAGAUGAGCCGUUCGAUCCCCACCUUGUGACCGACUUCUCGAUUCUUCCUCCGUAUAAACUAUAAACCCUUUUGCCCUCUAUCAUUUCAAGCUUCUCUUUGCUUUUGUUUACAUCGUGGAUAGAGAAAAAAUCAAGAUUGAGAGAUCAAUAAGCUCUUCUAUUUCUUGUUUAGGGCUUCUUCGUCUUGUUGGAAUUUCUUCAGGAUUUCUUGACUGGUACACGGAGGUUGUGAAGAAUGCAACGUUAUCGCGCUGGUGAGGAUUUGGAUGAAUACGAGGAUGACUUAGAAGAUCAAUAUGAAGAUGAUGAAGACCAAUAUGAUGAUGAGGAAGAUGAGGAGGAAGAGGAGGAAAAGGAAAAGCCUAGGUCAGCAGAGGAAAUUAAAUACCUUAAUUUUCGAGAAAAGUUGAAGGCAAAACACAGGUCCAUUUUGAGAAGCGAAAAUGGCAAGAAUGGUACCAGCAUUAACCACUCACAAUUGAGCAAUUUUGGUAAAUUUUUUGGUCCGUCAACCCCUGUGAUUGCUGAAAGAGUUAUCCAAGAAAGCAAGUCGUUGCUUGAGACUCGCCAUUUAGUACCUAAAGUAUCGACUUCUCAAAAUGAUGUCAAGAAGGUUAACAUGCCAUCCACUUUGACAUCUAGAAAUGGAUCAAGCGAGAAGCCUUUUCCAAGACAGGUCAAAUCAAAAGCACAGAUAAUUAAACAAAAUAGAGAUUAUUCUCAACUAUUGUCAGAGGAUGCAGACAUUUCCAAGCAAGCAAAAGAGCUUGAUCCACAAAAGAGUUUAGCUCCAAGGCCUGGUUUUGACGAUGCAAGAUCAGCUCAAGGUCGAGCAAAGAGAAUCGAGACUUCACAUCAUGCAAAAAAAGAAUAUGAUGGGCGUGAACAAAGGAAGUUGUCUUCUGGGAGUUCACAGGCGCAUGAUUCCCGAAGGACAAUUUCUGAGAAAUCGACUUCAGGUUGCAGAGCUAAUUAUCCCUCUAGUGAUUCAAGAAGGCAGCUUGAUUUGAGAAAGCAACCCCAGUCGAAUAGACAGGCAGGAAGCAGUAGUGGGAAUGGAUCUAGACUGACAGGAAGCAGUAGUCAGAAUGGAUCAAGACAGGCAGGAAGCAGUAGUGGGAAUGGAUCUAGACAGGCAGGAAUCAGUAGUGGGAGUGGAUCUAGACCUACUGUGCAGAAGACCUUGCCCCCAAACUAUCCAUCGUCUUCUGGUGACAGAAAAAUGUCAGUUGGUUCUGUGGAGAAAAGGCCGUUCAGUGUUCCUGUAGGGAAUAAGGCAUCUGCUGUUUCAAAGACUUCUAUACUUGAUCGGCAGAGAACUGUGGUAAAACCUCAGGCUUCUAGUGUAAAUAGCCGUUUGGAGCAUAAGAGGGAUGUUCAUCGAUUUACUGAGAGCAAAACAUCAAAGGAAAAUGUAGCAGCUUCGAAAUCUCAGAUGAUGAGGCCACCUAAUCGAAGUUCUUCAAAUUCGGAAAAAGGCCACCACAUUAAGCAGCAAAAGCCUGUUGGGCAGUUACAAAAAUCUUAUGCUGCUCCUAGUAAAGACCAUAAGAUAAAAAAACGAAGGUCUCCAGAGCCCGAAGAUUUUGAUUAUAGGUCCGAGAUUCGGAAUCUUUUCAGGUAUAAUCCUUCAAGAUUUAGCAAGUAUGAUGACGAUGAUGAUGAUAUGUGUAUGGAAGCGGGAUUCGAUGCCAUACAACAAGAGGAAAAGAGAAGUGCAAGGAUAGCUCGACAAGAAGACGAAGAAGAAUGGAUUAAGAUUCAGGAAGAAGAGAGACGGGAAAGGCUUCAAAAGAAGGCAAAGAUGCGUAGGAUGCGAUGACAAGAAUGUGCAAUUUGUGUUAUAUGUUUUCUUUUUUCAUCUUUUUUUGUUGGCAUUGACAAUUGGUUCUAUAUGUGGGGUAGCCAUUUUAUUCAUUAAACUCUAAAAUGGUAGUAAAUCUGAAGUCAAGGUGAAGGAGAGGGGGACAGGCAUGAUUGAAGUUAAUUGCGCCAUUAGUUUAGGUUUUGAUUACUUUCUUGAAAGGAUUCAAUUGCAAGGCUAGGGUGGUGAUGAUGAUUUUGGAGUGGUAAUUUAAUCACAUGUAUAUCCAAUAAAAAAAAGAUCACAAAUUUGAGAGGAGAAGGAAUGUCCUCUCCAUGAGUUUUCAUUGCCAACGCUUUGGUUUUAGUAUCACAUAAAUUUGUGAAGAAUAUUCAUGUCGUCUGUAGAACUGUGAAAUAAUAAUUCUUGAAUUUUCAUAAGUUUUGCAGUUCUACAA